GGUGGAAAAGGAUAAAUAGCUGAUUUGGAGUAAGGGACAACAGUAUGUCUCCAGGAGCUGCUAGAUUUGCGCUUUUUCUACUGUGUUGCCAGGAUUGAAUUAAUGGCUGUCUAGACCUUGUUUUAGCAUGUGAUAAUUUAAAAGCAAAAAAGUAUAAUGUGGUAGCUAAUUGAUGUUUUCCUAUAUUGGAGCCUUACUAUUGGAUUGAAAAGAUGUUAUGGUCUCCGAAAUUCUCCUUGACUAACAUCCAUGUUAAGCUUACAGCAAAAGGAUUGCUUCGGAACCUCCAGCUUCUGUCAGGAUGCAAGAAAAGUACUGUUGUAUUCCAAACAGUGGAUAAAAACAAGUCAAAAGCAAGCCCCAGAAGCCAGCAGUCCAACACAAGCACACAGCCUGACUUGCUGCCAAAUGAGACCAAGACUCUUGGAUUAGCACAUUACAAAACACAGUGUGAAAAGAAAAAUGAAUGCAUUCGGCAUUUAAAGAAAUUGAUAAUUAACAGCCAAAAUGGAUUUGAAGCCAUUACUGUGGUGGUGCAGCAUCUUUUGUCCGAGCGGGAGGUGGUCCUUGCACGGAAUAAGGAGUUAUCACUGGAACUGCUAAAUCUGCGAGGAGAAUUAGUAAAUACAACAUCCUCAUAUGACAGAGUUGAAAAGGAGAAAGAUGAGCUCCGGUCCACUUAUGAGGUACUUUUGCAAAAAGUACAGGAUCAACAUCGGAGUGAGCUGGCACAUUUGGAAGACCGACUGAAACAGUUUUACUCAGCAGAGUGGGAAAAAGCGCAAGAAGCAUAUAAGAUAGAAGUUGAUAAAAUGAGAAUGGAAAUGGAAAAACAGGUUGAGGAAAUUAAUUCACAAGAACAAGCUUUAAGGAAACAACUUGAAAAUACUCAUUUAAACAAUACACAGCUUUUAAAAGAACAUUAUGAAACCUCUUUAGAAGAGCUUAAGAAUUCUCAUGACCAGGAGAAAAAUACUCUAAGUGAACUUUUUCAGGAAAAAGAGUCAUCAUUGCUUAAAAAAAUUGAAGACAUAACAUCUUUGAACAGCCGACUGAAUGAAAAGAUUAAAGCUGAAGAAGAAAGGCGUAAAGUACUAAGAGAGAAAUGUCAAAAGGAUUCCCACACACUGUAUCUGGAGCAGGAACUGGAAAGUCUGAAAGCUGUUAUGGAUAUGAAGAAUGAACAAUUGCACCAAAUGGAUAAAAAGCUAAUGCAACUGGAUAAACUGAUUGAGAGGAAUAACAAACUUGAUGAAAGUCUCAAAAAGCUUCAGCAAGAAAAUGAAGAUCUCAAAGCAAGAAUGGAUAAACAUGCUGCAUUAUCUAGGCAACUUUCAACUGAGCAAGCAGUUUUACAGGAGUCACUUGAAAAGGAAUCCAAAGUCAAUAAACGUUUGUCAAUGGAAAAUGAGGAACUUUUAUGGAAAUUGCAUAAUGGUGAUGUCAGCAGUCCUCGAAAGCUGUCACCUUCUUCUCCGUCCACAUCUUUACAAUCGCCUAGGAAUUCCACAGUAUUUUCUAGCCCUGCUGUGUCACCUAGAUAACAAUUAAGCAGGCUUCAGCGAAGCUUUAUAGUAGUUUGGACCGAAAUGGUGUUUAUUAUGACAAAAAGCAGCUAUAUUAGCUGUGUAAGAUAAGCAGUUUAGGAAUUUCCUCCUCCUGUUUCUUGUACAAUAUUUGAAAUUAAAUUAAUAUACAAAGACAUUUUUGCACAAAUGCACUUGUAGGGCAAGGUGGCUCUUGUUCUCUUAGCCUGUUGUGGAGAAAAAGGAAAUCUCAGGGCCUGUACAUAAUUUAUCACAGUGUUUGUAUCAUGGAUACCUGUUAUUCACAGAAAGCAUUUUUCAAGCAAAGGUUAUGGUUGUGUUGUGUGAAUGGAGAUGGUGGUAGCACUUUGGCAAUGAGCUGUUGUAAGGCCUCUUCUGACUGUCAUAUUGAAAAAAAGUACACAAGCUGUUUGCUGCCUUGAUUACAAAGACUUUAAAUCUACAUUCAGCUGAGGAGAACUUGCUAGUAAUGAGCUUUUUUUGAACUAUUUUCUUUUGGAGCUUUAAUAAUGGCCUUUUAAACUGCUCAUUACUUGUAGUCCUCUUGUCUUUGCUUUUGUAAACUGCAAUUCUGAUUACACAGUAAAGUAAAAUUGUGUAGUAAUC